GCGGCGCUAUAAUUAACACGCGCUAUUUUGACGCUCGGAUAUAACCAAAGGCUACGUCUCUCUAGUGUAGUAGAAGCCCAGAGCAUCCUUUCGCAGAACCAAGGGAGAGUCCUACCUGGCUCACAGACUUUCCUUUCUAUCGAAGCCUCCACAAUGGCUGACGAUGAUGAAGCCCCCAUGCCCAUGGCUCCUAAAGCAGAGGCCAAGCCCAAGUCAAAGAUAUCAGCUUCCCGCAAGCUGUCACUCAAGAUACUCCUGUUGACACGUGCCAUGGAGGAACUCGAGGCAGAGACGGUGGCGAGGGAUGAGGAAAAGGUUCGCUACCUGGGAGAGAAACUUCCGCCUCUGCAGGUGUCUGGCAUUCCCCUGGAGGACCUGCAAAAACUGUGUAAGCAGCUUCAUGCCAAGAUCGACGUGGUGGAUGAGGAGCGCUACGACUAUGAGGCCAAAGUUGUCAAGAACAACAAAGAUAUCCAUGAGUUGAAGCUGAAAGUGCUGGACCUGGGUGGGAAGUUUAAGAAGCCUGCUCUGAGGAAGGUGAGAGUGUCUGCCGAUGAGAUGAUGAGAGCUUUGCUGGGCUCCAAACACAAGGGCUCCAUGGACCUCAGAGCUAACCUCAAGUCUGUGAAGAAGGAGGACAUCAAGCAAAACGAAAAGGAGAUGAACUUGGAGGUGGGUGACUGGCGUAAAAAUGUGGAGGCCAUGUCUGGCAUGGAGGGCAGGAAGAAGAUGUUCGAUGCUGCUGGUGGCCAAUAGGAUGUGUUCUCACGACAGAAAGUUGAUGACUACACAGAGAUGGUGGAGAAGAGGAGCAAGGCAAAGAGAACAGUGAAAGAGGGUUAGGAAGUACAAGCAAGGUUGGUGUAGAUUGAUAGGACAGGGGGUGAAAGGCAGAUAUUUUAGUUGAUUUCUACAGACAUGCGAUAUGUUUGAAGUGCAAAAUCUCAGGUUGUAAUAAUGAUGGCCCGAGGACUUGAAAACAGUCAUCUGUGACAGAAACCACUUUUGGCCAUGGAAAAGAGGAGUCGAGAAAAGAGAGAAAUUAGGAUGUUGGCUCUCUGAUUGCAAAAAGGGAUAGAAUACCUUAUUAAAAAGUGUUAAUUGAGCAGUGAGGGUUAAUUAGCCUUGUCAGUAAGCCUUGUGAUAUCAACUACAUAAAAAUCAGAAAUGGUGUCAGACCCUGGUUCAGUUUCUGUUCAUGUCAUUGUUCCUCUUGCUUAGUAUCUACUGUUGCAUGCAUAGUAUAUAGCAUAUCUAUUAAACAGUCUCUUUCCUAA